GAUAGCUGCGGUAUGGCCUGCUGGCCCCGAGCUGUGCACGUUAGCAUUCUUCUCCUGUUUGCGCCGCUGAUUGCAAAGCUUACCCAAUGACUGCAAACUGUUAGCACUCUUCCAGUCACAAGAUACUUGAGCACAACUCACUGACUAGUUUUGAAUGCAUGUUUCGCGACUGUACUUUUGAAAAGGUCGAUGCAGUCGAGAGCCCCGCUACUGGUGAUACGCGCUGAUUAUGCGAUGCCGCAGCAGCGAUGGGUACGGAGAAUAAGGAUAGAUUGCGGGGGGAAGAGGCCCUUCGAAAGAUUGAUGCGAACACUUUGGCGGCGUGUGCGAAAGUUCGCGUGUCGCGUGCAAGAUGUGGCUGCGGGCGUGCGGGUCGUGUGCGGGAUAGUGGGAUGCGAAAGAAGGUGCCUUAUGAGAGAGGGAUCAAGUGGCAGAGAAGGAGCUGGAAAAACGGUUUUGAUGUUGCCGCAGCCGGUUCGCAAUUAGUGGGCGUUGUCUUUCUAGCUUCGGAGGGUCCGCGAUAUUGGUGGAUGACGGCGAGCCGAGGCGUGGUGGGGGUUUUCAAGAUGCAGAUCGGGCUCAAUUCUGAGUUGCAGUCAAUACACAAGCACUUCAGUAUAAAAAAGAAGACAGCGCGAUAGAGAAAGAAGAAUUCGAGAGUAGAACACACCUUAUUUGCA